UGAUAGCAAAAAUUACUAAUUAAACAAUUAUUCAAUAAACCUAUAGACAAUGAAACUAUAUAUACGUGUGUAUACCUGAAAAGGAAAAACGGCUAGCCAUUUUAUAUAUAUAUACACAAUAUAUAAAAUUAACUUUCUGCAAGUAUAAACGUCUUACGUAAAAGCGACGUGGCAUUUGGCCAGCUGUUAGGGAGGUUGUCCUCUAGGGGUGGGAUGACCUGGCCGGGGGCUGCACGUUUAUGUGUAAUAAAGUUUACAAAUCCUACUACGGCGAAGGCUUGCCUCGUGAAUAUUAAUGAGGUUAAAUAAAAAAAAAAACGCUCCCAGUUGGACGUUCUAGGAAUUUACCGUGCCACGUCACCAUCAUCUAAUUAAUAUUCAUGAGCUUACCCUUAGCCAUAGUAGCACGUACCAUCUGCGUCCGUAGUCGGCGCACGGCAUCACGGAAGUCCACGAUAUGACACACAGCUAAAAUUAUCAUCAUCCUUCCCAUAAAAAAAAAAAAAACAAGUCUGACUGCGAAAUAGCAGUCGCUUAAAAUAAAACUACGACAAAUCAGCAAUAGAGUUAAAUCCGAUUUUUUUAAAAAGUGUUCUUAAAUAUGAACAAUCAAACAGACGGCCAGUCGUGGAUGUGGUUCGAAGGUUUUGAUUCGAUGAUGCUGAAGGAGCUCUUCAUCUCUGCUUGAAGAACCCGAGCGAGCGCCUGCUCGAGACGCGGCACGAUUCGCUGGGACACGCGCCAAUCUGACCUUUGACAGCCAGCGAAUGACAAAUGAAAGGUCAGCGUUUCUGACAUCAGCUGGGGCAUCGGAGAAUGAGAGGCAGCGCAUCGAAAGCUGGUCGAUAGCAGCGGAGACUUCUGCACCGGGGGACGAAGCGGCGGCGGCGGCGGCGGUUUGACGGCAGUGACCCUCGGCAGCGUUAAAACAGGCCCCGCGCGGCAGGACGACUACAGCACCAUGGACAGCUCAGGCCCUCCGUCUCCAGAUAUGGAUGGAAACUAUGGAGGGGGACUUCUGGAUAUGGUUAAAGGAGGUGCUGGAAAGUUCUUCAGCAACAUCAAGGACAACCUGAAGGACACCAUCAAAGACACCUCUACCAAGGUUAUGAACCAAGUGGCUACGUAUACAAAAGGAGAGUUGGACAUUGCUUACAUCACCUCGCGUAUUAUCGUGAUGUCAUAUCCUGCUGAGGCGGUGGAGAUGGGCUACAGGAACCACACAGAGGAUAUCCGUUCCUUUCUGGACUCACGGCAUGCCGACCAUUACACUGUUUUCAACCUGUCACAGAGGAACUAUCGGGGGGCCAAGUUCUCAAACAGAGUUUCUGAAUGCAACUGGCCUUCCAGGCAGGCCCCGAGUCUUCACAACCUGUUUGCUGUGUGUAAGAAUAUGUACAACUGGCUCAAGCAGAACCCCAAGAAUGUGUGCGUGAUCACCUGUUCGGAUGGCAGAGCUCCUUCAGGCGUGCUGGUCUGUGCCAUGUUCUGUUUCUGCCACCUUUUCGCCAACCCGGUGCCAGCCAUGCAGCUUCUCAGCGCCAAGAGACCUGGAUCUGGCCUGUGGCCCUCCCAUAGGAGGUACAUAGGUUACGUGUGCAGUUUAGUCUCAGAGAAGCCAACCAUACCACACUCCAAACCACUAGUCAUUAAAUCCGUCACUAUGAGUCCUGUCCCUUGCUUCAACAAACAGCGCAGUGGCUGUCGGCCAUUUUGUGACGUGCUUAUUGGCGAGACAAAGAUAUUUUCUACAGCUCAGGAGUACGAGAGAAUGAGGGAACACAGGGUUCAGGAGGGCAAAGUGGUAUUUCCUGUGAGUGUGAGCGCCCAAGGAGAUGUGGUGAUCUCAGUCUAUCACAUGCGUUCACAUGCACUGCAAGCCAAGGUAACAAAUACCCAGAUAUUCCAAAUUCAGUUCCACACUGGUUUCAUCGCUCCUGGCACCACAGUCUUAAAGUUCAUGAAGACAGAACUGGAUGCCUGUGAUUCUCCAGAGAAAUACCCACAGCUGUUUCAUGUGCUGUUGGACAUUGAGGUUGAAAGUACAGAGAAACAGAAAGAUCUCACGCCACCGUGGGAGCAGUUCCCCACCAAAGACCUGAGCCCCAACGUGCUUUUCUCCUGUCAUCAAGAACACCAGGAUGCACUUGCUGUUGCAGAUCCUGCCCAGGGACACGGGAGUUGCGGAGGCAGAGUGGGACCAAACGAGGAGAGCGAACCGUCAGAUGAUGAAAUGCUCUCCCUUUCUAGUCAGCAGAGCAACACCAGUAAUGAGAAAUCAAAAGCAGCUAAGAAAGCAGAGCCCCAGCCCGCAGUGGCCCCUCCUCCAGCAGCUGAGGAAGUCGAUCUGCUGGGCCUGGAUGGAGUUGCCGCUACGCUUCCUCCUUCCUCCCCACAACCUCCAACCACCAGCACCACCACGGACCUGCUGGGGGACCUGUUUGGAGCUCCUCCCACACCACAGCCGGCCAGCGGCCCUGCCUCCGCCCAGUCCACCCCGAGGAGAUCCGCAGCCUCCUCCUCACCCUGUCCAUCACCUCGGUCUGGAGACACUUUUGACCCAUUUGGGUCUGGGCCCGCUCCCACCCCUAAGCCGCAGGACUUCAUGGGGGCUUUCCUGGGUCCAGGUAAUGUGGGGCAGCCAGACCCCUUCCUGCAUGCUGCACGAUCUCCAUCUCCUACAAUGCAGAACAUGGGCAUGGGUCGCAGUUCACCUGUGCCGCCCACUACUCCCACUGUCAACAUCCAGCAGCAGAGCUCUACAGGAGCCUGGGAAUGGAACAAGCCAGCACCUGCAGGUGCAGGUUUUGGGAUGGGAAGUAAGUCUGCGAGCACUAGCCCGACCAGCUCAGUUCAUGGUACUCCCACCCACCAGGCCAAACCCAACACGCUGGACCCGUUCGCUGAUCUGGGUAACCUAGGAGGAGGUGGUUCGGGUUUCUCCAGCAAACCCACCACACCUACUGGUACUGGAGGACCAUUUCCACCCAUGGGCUCCCCCAAGCGUCCGGCCCCCUCUCCCCAGCACACUGCCUCUGGAGGCUGGCAUCCCAGCACAGGCUUCCCCUCGUGGCAGCCUGGAGGUGGGGCUCAGUGGCAGGCGCAGGCCCAGGGUGCACAGCACCAGACCCCACCUAAAGCACCAGGACCCUCUAUGCCUCACACGUCACCACAGAACAGACCCAACUACAAUGUCAGCUUCUCCAGCAUGGGUGGAGCUUCGCCAGGAGCCACUGGGGCAAAAGCACAGCCUAACAUGGGAACCAGACCGAAGGUUUCGGACGCUAACUUUGAUGACCUACUCUCCGGCCAGGGUUUUGCUGGCACUAAGGAGAAGAAGGGGCCAAAAACCAUAGCAGAAAUGAGAAAAGAGGAGAUGGCAAAAGAAAUGGACCCAGAGAAACUCAAGAUCCUGGACUGGAUUGAGGGGAAGGAGAGGAACAUCAGAGCGUUGCUGUCCACCAUGCACACGGUGCUUUGGGAGGGAGAAACUCGCUGGAAACCUGUAGGCAUGGCUGACCUUGUCACACCAGAGCAGGUGAAGAAGGUCUACCGCAAAGCUGUGUUGGUAGUGCACCCUGACAAGGCUACCGGACAGCCCUACGAACAAUAUGCCAAGAUGAUUUUUAUGGAACUAAACGAUGCCUGGUCAGAAUUUGAAAGCCAAGGACAGAAAGCACUGUACUAAGACUUACUGUAAAUGAUCACAACCAGUCAGCAGUUUCCUGCCCCGAUUAGACACCCUGCAACCCACCAGUCUUUGAAACACUCCUUUGUUAACCCUCCCACCUCCAGGACCCCGCUUCAUAGAGACUUCAGAGCUUACAUCUACAGUAUAGUUGUGUGUAUCUAUCGAUCCAUGUACCAGGUCCCGUCAUGCACUAGGCCAACAUAACUGCUGUACGAGAAGACUGCUGUUGGGAUAAAGUAGCAUUCAGCUUUGUUUUUUAAAACUCUUAAUUUGUGUCUUUCCCAGGACUCAUUUAACGUCAUCAAAGAUCGGACUUUAUCGUCAAACACCUGUGAGAUAUUUCAGUGAACAUUAUCAGUCAACCAGACCACCGUAGAAUGUCUGGUAGAAUUUAUUCAGGAGCUUUCGGGUGAGUUUUGAUUUAUUAAAAAGGUUCAGUGCUGGGGAAAAACAUCUUUAGCAAAUGAAAAAAAUGAAUUUAAGUGGCUUGCAAAACUUUAUUAAAUAACUCAAUGUAUAAGUUCUGCGGCUGUUAUUUAAUAAGGUUUUGCAUGCUGUGGCAGCAUUCGGGAAUCGAGACCUUAUCUAUUUCUUCCAUUGUAUUUCCUCUGUCCUGCGCACAUGCUCAAAAACACUCAUAUUUGUGCGAGGGGUAUUUAUUUAUUUGUUGGCUUUGCAAGGCAACAAUGAAAUGUGUGAAAAUAAAAGUGGUAUAGCAAGCUACGACUCUGUUUUAGUUCGGUCAGGGGCUAGAGGUUUAGAAAGACGGGCACAAAUGAAAGAGCACUCCAGCAAAAACCUCCAGCCGCUAAAAAUGUCUAAUAUCAUGUAACACGGUUAUCUUCUGAAAUAAGUUACAACGCAGUACUGUGGGGCAGAAGCACAAUAAGUAAAAGACUGUACAGGAAAUGGGAGGUUUUCUCAAACUUGAUCUGUGAAAUGCAGUAGAUUUAACUAGCAGUUUGUUUUUAUGUUGUUUUCUACUGAAUAUUUGAUCUGUAUGUAUAUGUUGCACUAUAAUAACAUACUGUUUACAACAUAAAAAAUCCAAGGAAAUUGUUUAUUCAUGUUAUUAUUCCAUAGAAGAAAAGAAACGCUUUUCAGGUAAAUCUGUCAUGGCGUGUUUUGAGGCGAAAGUUAAGGUUGUCUUUAUAGCGCCCUAAAGAACUAGUCACGCUUUCCUAGGAGAUAUUCACACAGAACUCGUUUUUACUACUUAAGACACGGCCAGUGGGACGGAGAAAAAUUAGACUGACUUAUUAUUUUUUUAAAAAGCUUAACGUAUAUCGAGUGCCGCAUUUUUACAACGGCGUCUUACACAAAACGCAAAAUGUGAGCGAGGCACUUAAACGAGUCGAUUUAGCGUGCAUUUACGUUAAAAAAAUAAUUAAAAGAUAUGCAUUGGAAUGGAAAAACGCGUUCUGUGUCAAGACUCCUUCGCUUGAUUAAAGUUUGGUUGUGAAUAACAUUCUUACGCGUUCAUGCUUGCUACUAAAACAAAGCCUUUUGACUGAGGAAUGUGAUCGAUGGGUAGCGUUCAAAUCACGUUUUCUUUCAUUACCGUAGGUGUCUUUAAAACCAACUGAACAUAUCAUUCGAAACGGACCGUACAUUUUUUUGACAUGAAAUCGCCGUUAACAGACAUGAGUGGAUCCAGCUCUUUCUGUCGGUAUCCUCAUAAUGUACUGCAUGUUUGACUGUAAGUGGCACGUGGUCCAAAGGAAGUUUCUAGAGCGUACAGCCACUAACCUGCCCUUUCUCUUCUCAGUAUAUUUGCACUUGAAUGGCAUUAGGUAAAUCCAGAACACACUUGUGUCGUAACUUGCAGUACUUGCCGUACAUCUUGUUCAUGCUUUGCCUUCCUCUUUUCGCGAUCACGCGGUAAACUACUGAAGCUUUAACUGUAUCAAAGCGGUCUUCUCUACUUUCUCGCCGGCAUCUUCCUUUUUGACACGACGCGAUGCUAAAGACUUGAAUGCUAACCAUGGACAAAGACAACAGAUUAGCGAGACCCGAGUAAAAGAAAGGAGCCCUGUAUACAGGUUGGAACUUUUCCAAACUCUCCCUAUUGUGGACUGAGCCGUUUAUCUUCAAUCUUAGGAUAUCAUUAUGUUCGGAAGCUAACCUCUGUAUACAGUAGUGAAUGUGUGGUGUUCAAUAAUGCUGUUCUCUGUAAGGAAAUGGUAAGGUUUGGAUACAGCUAUGUGUUUGUUUGCUGUAUCAGUAUUAUUGUGACAUUCAUUUGUUUUCUGUGUCUUUUUUUUCUGUUUCUGUUCUCCAUAUGGAGCUGUACAUAUUAUAAUGUGCAUCGCACAAAUAAAUGGGAAAUAUGAUAA